AUGACUAUCACACAGAUUCAACCCGACGGGUCUUCUGAGAAGGCCGAUCCACCCUCCUCCACUGCCAAUGACUUGAUAAAUGAGAUAACCGUGUCGUCGCUUGCUUCGGUCUCACAACAAAGCGUACCCAAACAUACUAUAUCUCACGAUGAAGCAACACUGGUACAAGAGAGUGUAGAAAGUGUAGAGACCGACGAACCUCGCGUUGUCCUUACAGAACGUGACUGUCCGGAGGUCCUCGCAACCUCAUGGCCUAGGUAUCAGAAAUGGAUAAUCCUGCUCUGUACCUUUCUGGUCCAAAUUUCUAUGAACUUGAAUGCCUCCCUCUACGCAAACGCGCAGAGUGGUAUUCAGAAGGAAUUCGGCGUAAGCCAGAUGGCUGCUGUCAGUGGUUCUGCACUGUUUCUGGUCAUGUACGCGUUUGGAUGCGAGCUUUGGGCGCCUUGGUCGGAAGAGCUUGGAAGGAAACCCAUUCUUCAAGUUUCGCUUCUUUGUGUCAAUCUUAUGUGCCUUCCUGUCGCCUACGCUCACCGCAAUGGAAGAUUUCAUGCUAUUCUUGUCGGGCGUGCCUUCGGUGGCCUUUUUUCCGCCGGCGGUAGCGUAACUCUUGGCGUUGUUGCCGAUAUGUAUACUUUACGUCGUCAGGAAUACCCUCUUGCAUUUAUCGUGCUUUCCUCCGUGGGCGGUUCCAUCAUCGGCCCCAUAAUUGGCGGGUUCAUUGAAACACGUAUGUAUUGGACGUGGUGUAUCUGGGUUCAACUCAUUGUUGGAGUGUUUGUUCAGGUGUUGCACUUUGUUCUUGUCCCAGAGACUCGAUCUAGCAUUCGCAUUGGCUUUUAUGCAAAGGGAAUACGCAAAGAGAGUAAGAAACGAACUGGCAAGAAGCUUAACAUCUAUGGCCCUAGCGAAGGGAUGACUUGGAGGGAUUUUCUGCUUCCAAGGGGUCUUUGGGAUCUGUGGACACGCCCUUUCCAUAUGUUCAUCACCGAAAGAAUAGUACUGGUACUAUCCACACUCUCCGGGUUUAGCGAUGCCUUGAUAUUUAUGCAAAUCCAGUCUCUUGGUCUCGUCUUCCGAAUUUGGAAUUUUAACACCAUCCAAGUUGGACUUGCUUUUAUCCCCAUCGGUGUCGGUUACUUGAUCGGCUACUUACUCUUUAUCCCUGUCAUCAGUCGUAAUCGAGCGCUCAGGGCAAAUAAUCCUCAAAGUGAGCAUGCCCAAUACGAAUCAAGGCUGUGGUGGCUAUUGUAUACUGCGCCAUUACUUCCUAUCGGACUCUUGAUCUUCGCUUGGACAAGCGACCCCAGAGCGCACUGGAUUGGCCCGAUGAUUGCCUGCGUACUCAUCGGUAUCGCCAAUUACACGAUUUACAUGACCAGCAUCGACUACAUGGUGGCCGCCUACGGCCCCUUCUCGGCAUCUGCUACCGGCGGCAACGGUUUCGCUCGUGAUUUCCUGGCCGGUAUCUUGACCUGGGGUGCUGCGCCUUACUAUAAUGCGUUUUCGGGUGCUUACAGUCUUCAAUUGGCGAAUACCGUUCUUGCUUGCGUCAGCUUGAUUCUCGUGGCGGCGACCUUUUUCGUCUACUAUAAAGGGCCCUCCAUGCGCAAGAAGUCGCCCUUCGCCCAGUCUCUCGCCCAGGGCAUAACCGACGCCGAUGCGGAGCCUGCUACAAGUAUCUAA